CACUUGGUCAGUUCUCUGCGAACAGCAUCACGUUCUUCUUCAAGAAAUCAGAACAAGAGCAAGCACAGGAGCACGAACACGAAUCGAACAGCUCAUUCCCCACCCCUCCGACGCGCAUCGGACGGUCCAGGCCGGAAACAAAAAGCUUGCUGCAGUCGCCGCCGCCGCGGCCCGUGCGGUUUCCUGUCCGCAUUCCGAACGAAGAAGAGAAACAGAGCUCCCGCGCGCGGCCGGGUGGAUAGCUGACUGCUCCCCGUCCCCCCAUCCGGCGGCCGUGCUCCACAGUCCACAGUCCACACCGCGUGGCCAACAGCAUGCGCGGCCGCUUUCUCCUAAACCCCCUCCCGCUCCUCCUCACCCCUAAACCCCCCUCCCGUCCCCUCGCCGCCCACUUCCGCGCCGGCGCCGGCGCCGGCGCCGCGGCCCAUCCGCCCGCACCCUCGCCCACGCCGCGCCGCGGGCCCGUGGACGAGCCCGACGUCGGCAUCUCCCGCUUCGCCUCCUCCGUCCUGGGCUUCCGCGGCGCGCUCAAGCAGCGCUACUCCGACUUCAUCGUCCACGAGGUCGCCCGCGACGGCGCCCUCGUCCGCCUCACCUCCUUCGAUCUCCCCGACGUCGACGAGAGAGGGGAUAACGCGGCGGAAGGCGACGCCGACGCGGACCACACGCGGGCGCUGGAGUCGUUCCGGCUGCUCUGCGGCGAAGCGGAUUACGACGCGUUGAGGGGGUUUCUGGAGAGGGUUUUGGAGGGAGAUGGGGAUUUGUCGCCAAUCAUUCUCUCAGCAGAUGCCGAUAAGGCUCAUCGUUUGGAGGUGCACGAGUUCAUCAAGAGGAAUUUCAAGUUCCUGAUCACGGAUACGGUUGAGCACGGUGAUGGGAUUCAGAAAUGUAUUAGGGUGCGGUUGGGAUCAGGGCCACACGGUGGGAGAGGGAGGAAUAUGAGAGGCAUGGACGGUUCAGGCUGGAGAGAUGACAGGCCGUUUGAUAGUAGAGGCUCUACAUCCUGGCCUUAUCACCUGGGGAAGUUCCUGAGGUUUCACCUUUAUAAGGAGAACAGAGACACACAAGAGGCACUAGGAGUUAUAGGAAAGAUGCUAGGGGUUCAGCCACGAUCAUUUGGAUUUGCGGGGACAAAGGAUAAACGUGCCGUUACAACCCAACAGGUGACACUUUUCAAAGUACAUGCCAGUAGGUUGGUCGCUCUUAAUAGCAAACUCGCAGGUAUCAGAGUUGGAGACUUUAGUUAUGUGAAUGAAGGCCUUGCUCUUGGUCAACUCAGAGGGAACCGGUUUGCAAUUACUUUGAGGAAUGUUGUUGCAGAAUCAGAUGAUGUGAUAAAGGCUGCUGUUGAUGGCCUGAGUAAAAAUGGAUUUAUCAAUUACUACGGCUUACAGCGCUUUGGUAGCGGUUCAGUACCUGGUCACUUUGUCGGUGUUGCUUUGCUUAGAGGAGAGUGGAGACAUGCUGUUAGCUUGAUUCUUGGUACAAGGGUACAUUAUAAGGGCCAUGGCGAUAUUGAUGCAGCACUUAGUGGAAUCCCCCGAUAUCUCACGAUGGAGAGAGCUAUGCUUCAGCGUUUGAAGAAGUACCCUGGCAACUAUCUACAAGCACUAAUGGCUAUACCUAAAACAUUGAGACUGAUGUAUGUACAUAGUUACCAGAGUUACCUAUGGAACCAUGCUGCAAGUAUGAGAGUUGAAAAGUAUGGUAUUUCACAAGUUGUAGAGGGUGAUUUGGUUUACAGAAAGGGGUGCUCUCUUGGAGAAGCAGCCACAGUAGAUACUUUCGACAAUGAUGAUAGCAAUACUAAUUCACCUGAAAUGGAAAUAUCUUGUGAAACACUUCCUGAAGAAGUGAUCCAGUCUGUGAAGAUAGUUGAUUCUGAAGAUUUAUUGAACACAGCUUACACGUUUGAGGAUGUUGUCCUCCCUUUGCCUGGUUCAGAAACAUUGUUCCCUGGGAAUGAAGUUGCUGAGAUUUAUCAUGAAAUAGCCAAGAAGGAUGGCAUUAGCCUGGUAGAGAGUGUCCAUGGGAUCAAGGACUUCUCGAUUACCAGCAUGAAAGGAGGUUACCGUCGGCUACUCCAACGACCUAUUGAUUUUGAAUGGGACCUAAUGACUUACACAGAUGACAAUGUACCUUUAUUGGAAACUGAUUUAGUUGUUCUAUCCAAAACCAACCCAUCAGAAGCAAAUAAGCUGCUAUCUGAUGGGAUUUCCAGUUUCGCAUCAUGUGAUUCUGGAUUGGAUGCUUCAUUGGACACCUCUGGACCAACCACUGAAGCUAGCUCAGUGAAAACCAAAUCUAAUGGCAUCUCAGAACCGUUACCCGAGAAACUGGCUGUAAAAUUAGAAUUUACUCUACCAGCAUCAUCCUAUGCCACAAUGGCCAUCAGGGAGUUGACAAAGACUUCAACUUCAGUUUCUUACCAGAAAACGUUGAACUCCUGAGCCUUUUUGGGUAAAAUGCAUUCUGCACAAAAGCUGAUCUCCAUUGUGACGAGAAACAUCAUGCAGGUUUAGCAGUAAGAUAUUUCUAUUAAAUUCACAUCAUAUGCGGAUAUGCUAUUUGUGGAUAGAUUGGGAACUGGAAUGACCGCUAUCGUCUGAAUCUGAGUUCCAAGUUGAUUUUUCCCCCCUUCUGAAUGAAGUCCGCACUGAAGGACACAUGCCGUGGGAGUGUUGUGUGUGUUUGCUGUGACAUGGAUAAGUUUCUGAAGGGCAACCAUCCGUCGGCUGGAAGCUGGUCGGUGAACGAGUUGUGGUAGAAAGCGCUAUCCAGAGAUGCGCUAUAGGAAGAGAUUAUUAAUAGGGGCAAGAGGAAGAAAUUAUUCGGGGAAGACGAAAUACUCCGGGGGGAAACUUGAGGUGCUUGUUUAUUCAUUGCUUGCUGAAACAGAAGCAUUGCAGCGCCACUAGGAUCCAAUAGUUGCAACAUGAGCAUGUGGUGCCCUGGCCUAGCAACAUGACAUGAGUGCAAUAGCACAGGACUAGGGAGCAGUAGCGGGUCAUGGCACAUCCGCACCGCGUCGGCACGUGUUCUGUAGUCAGUUCUGAGUUCUAACCCAAAUAAGAACCAAGCCAACAUGGUGCAAAACUCUGCAAUUGUAGUAACAAAGGCAAGCUUUUGUUAAACGGAAAGGGUUUAGGAUCGAGUGACGCAUGCAUGUGCACUAAAAAAGGGGAACUUUACCACAUUACAAAAAGGGAAACUUUUCCGCAUUUUAUUGCAGUCAAUGCCAAAAAAGCAUAGUAUAUGCUAA